UCCACCACUGCUGCAUGUCGCAUUCGUUGUUUGGAGCUCGCAUUGGAUAUCAGAUCGGCCAUCAAGCAAGCAACGGGGAGGAUUAAGCUCUCGUGUGGACACAGAAUUUUGAGCAUCCAAAGUGCAAAAAAAUAGGCAAAAGUGAGUGAUUGUCCGCGAUUGUGUGUGAAUUGAAAUUUUUCGUCGUCGAUUGUGCGCUCCUCAACUGGGACGUCGGAUGUUUCGCGAAUUUUGGGUGGACAGUAGGAGAAUAAAACGCAGUUACGUAGUCUCCCAAGGCUGGUGCAUUUUUAUUAGAAUAGUGAAAAGGCGAAAACAGUAGGAGCGAUUGUGUAAACGUUUGUUGUGUAUGUGUUUCACACCACCAAGAAGAGGAGUGUGAUUGUGGUGACCGCAACAAAACAAAGCAAGAAUAGGGGACUGAGUAAUAAGCAAAAGAAAACGAAGUGAAAAGAGUGAUACCGAAUUUGCAUUGCUUCUGUUUCCCCGGAUACCUACUGCAGUGUGCCCGGGAGUUUUCAGUAGAUCAUCAGUGUUUGCUUCUUCCAUUGGAGCGUGAGCAGCGAAAAAAGGAAUGGAGGAUUUCACCCCGCUGAUCAAUCUACAGCAGAAUUGAACAAGACACUGGCAGGGAUUGCUUUCUUGUUUGCAAGUGCAAGUACUAUUAUCUUCCCCCGCAAAGAACGGAGUAAAAACUGGGUACAAGAUAAUUGCCUCGUUUAGCAAGAACCGACCGGCGUAGGAAAAGGAAAAGAAUCGGCGGAAGUAAUCCCAGAAAUCGUUAAUCUUCCACCAUCCAAUACAUAGUUUGGAAUUCCGUCAGUAGCGGUGGAACGGGGAAUCACUUUCGUGCAACAAUUGUGUCUUAGGUUCUCGAAGGAUGAAAAACGAACGAGAACCUCUGCUAAGCACCUCAGACAACUCGUUGGAAGUAACGCACAAUGAGCACCAGCACCUGCUAGCGCGGCCGGAUCUUCGCAGUUCCCCGGAAAAUAUGAUCGUUGAUGUCAACAACGACAACGACAGCCUCACGCAGUCAGCCACCAAAGAGGAUGCCACGUAUGGUUCGGCUAACGAAACGUACGACCCCUCGUUGCACCGAACGCUGGAACACCCCACCACCAAUGUGGACACGAUGAUCCACCUGCUGAAAGGAAACAUCGGAACCGGGAUCCUAGCGAUGCCGGAUGCAUUUAAGAAUGCCGGGUUGUAUGUGGGUUUGUUCGGAACGCUGUUGAUGGGCAUGAUCUGUACCCAUUGUAUGCACAUGUUGGUCAAGUGUUCGCACGAACUAUGCCGACGGUUGCAGGUCCCAUCGCUGAACUUUGCCGACGUUUGCUGCCGAUCGUUCGAGACGGGACCCAUUGGGCUACGGCGGUACUCCAAUUUGGCACGUAAUUUGGUCAACAUGUUCCUGGUUAUCACCCAGCUGGGCUUCUGCUGUGUGUAUUUCGUAUUCGUGGCUGUCAAUCUGCGGGAAGUGGUCGCACAUUACUUCUUCGAUCUGGAUGUGAGGGUCUACCUGCUGUUGAUGUUGGUUCCGAUGGUGCUACUGAAUCUGGUUAAGAACCUGAAGUUCCUGACUCCGGUUUCGCUGAUUGCGGCUUGCUUGACCGUAGCAGGUCUCACGUGUACGUUCUACUUCGUGCUGCAGGAUCUGCCGAACACGCACACCGUCAAAUCGUUCGCAUCGUGGGCCCAACUGCCGCUGUACUUUGGGACGGCCGUGUAUGCCUUUGAAGGAAUUGGUAUCGUGCUUCCGCUGGAGAACAACAUGAAGACUCCGGAGGACUUUGGCGGAUUGACAGGGGUGCUCAACACCGGAAUGGUGAUCGUUGCUUGCUUGUACACGGCCGUUGGUUUCUUCGGUUAUCUCAAGUACGGUGAAGAUGUACAGGGAAGCAUCACACUCAAUCUGCCAGGGGAUCAGUUCAUCGCCCAACUGGUCCGGAUCAUGAUGGCGCUGGCCAUUUUCUUCUCCUACGGGCUGCAGUUCUACGUGCCCAUCUCGAUCAUGAGUCCGUCGAUCAAACGGCGCCUCCAAUCCGAGCAGGCGCAACUCAUCGGUGAGUAUCUGCUGCGCGUGGGCAUGGUCGUAUUCACCUUCCUCCUCGCGGCCAUGAUUCCCAACUUGGGUGCGGUCAUUUCGCUAGUCGGCGCCGUCAGCAGCUCCACCCUGGCGCUGAUCUUCCCGCCGUUGAUCGAGAUCGUUACCUUCUGGCCGGACGGUCUCGGUAGGAACUAUUGGGUCCUGUGGAAGGACAUUGCCAUCAUGACAUUCGGCAUCUGUGGAUUCGUGUUCGGUACGUACACCAGUGUAGCACGGAUUAUCAAUCCGAACUUGAACUAAGGCGUCUAAGGUGUCGGACAAUGCGAACUUAUACGUUCUUGAGGGUUGAACGUAGAACGGAAAGAUUUCUAGAUUUUUGUUUUUUAAUGGCAAGGAAGAUUGUACAUUACACCUACAAAGUGAAACAAAUGAUAUAUUUAUACAAAUGAUUUAGGAAACAGGUGAAAAGUGAAACGUGGAAGAUCUUAAGCACCUACGGGUGUGUGAUUUGAUUAUAACAAAUUUUAGUUUUAGCCAUAUGAUAAUCGCUCUUAGGUUAAGAUUCGCAGGAGGCAAGCGUAUUCACGGAGGAAUGAGAAAGGUAUUAUACAAUUUACUGUGUAUAGUGUGUCGCGAAGAGAAGGUUUUGGGACGAGACGUCCACUGUGUAAUGAAUGAGUAAUUGUGGUGUAGAUUUGUGUUACUUUUGCGUGUUUCAAACCAAAUUUUUACACAUCACACACAUACAUACGAAGCGAUGGUGAAGUUAAUGUGAACUUGUGCGUUUCUUUAAUUUAGGCAUAGUGUGUAAGAUUAGCGUGAACGUAAAAUGUGCAUUUUUCCAAUGACUCGAUCCAGGUUAUGAAACUUACCGUAAAAUAUAAGUUAACGAACAUUUAUAUGCUCUGUGUUGUGGUUCGAGUUGGUUGGUUUCGGUUGAAUAGGGCAGUGUAGUUUGGCAAUCAAUCUUCUCAUAACUAGUUCCUGGAUUCAUCGUUUUUGUUUUUUACUUUAAAGAUAAGAUCUGCCAAAUGCUUGCAUUACUAUUUGAUUUUCCCCCAAGUACACCUCACUGAGCUUCUUCCUGAAGUUCCUCUUUACAGUUUCGACCACACUGUUCCACCAAGUCACCACCUAUUCAACCGAAUCAUUCGUACAAAGCAGACGGCACAAAAUCGUGUAAUCCUCCAGUUUGUCAUUCACGCAAAUUUUCAGUGCAAAACAUAAAUUCAAUCUGAUCAGUGAAAGUCAGAGUGAUAAUAAUCCUAGAUUGUGUAUGCUAAGGGAAAUAGCUCCAGUCGUCGUAACGACACGUUACUUAUCGAUAAACUUCUAGCAUGACAAUAAACUAAAUUAUAUCAGCAUUAGAUACGUUUAAGGUAUUUAGGAUAUAUAUGCAUUCGCCGUAAAGUGAAUACUGUAAGUCAACCAAUAACGCUUCUAUCCGAUCUACGUUGGUUAAGUUUCCAAAUCUAUCGUACUAUCUUCCACUGUUUUUCCUCUGUUAUCGUGCAUAAGUUGUUAGUAGGGAAAGCUUCUAUCGAGAGAAGACUGAAGCGGAAAAUCGAAACUAGGCAAACGAAUUCAUACACCAAGUGGGUGGUGUAGAGGGACAAAUCAUCAAAACGAAAUCAAAAACUAGAGAAUCUGUUAUUAUUAUUAUUAUUAUACCUUCUUAUCAUGAUUUAUUGCCUCCAUUGUUUGGUGACGCGAAGACAAUAAGCGACACGAUCGGAAUUCUACUGCGGUUUUCUGUUCGUCUAUCGAUCUAUCCUCUCCUGAUCUUGGAAGUCUAUUUACCUUUCUCUUGGAUCAUCUCGGUUGCCGUUUUGGAUUUGUGAUAUAGUUUAAACACUCAAGUAAGAAUCCAAACUAUAGCUAGUAGUCGUUCUUAUGUAGGCAAGAAAUAAAAAGCGGAAAGGAUCAUUCCACAUACGAAAGCAUGUAUUUAACAGGGUUGUUUACGGGUAAUGUCAUUGCUGAUCGUGUUUUUAUUUUAAAAUCGAAUCUAAAAAACCUCAAACAUCCAAAUGUGAAUUAAAGUUAGUUGGAAAGAUAGAUAAAGUCGACUAUGUGUGUCGGGAGCUUACGAACUCCAUUACCAAUGUUCGCUUUAUCUAUCCUUCCCACUCACUUUAAUCUACAUUUGGAUGUUUAAGGCUUUUUAGAUUUGACAUUACCGGUAAACAUCCCUAGUAUUAAUCCAUGAAACGAAGCUCAAAAAAGGGUGGGUGUGUCGCAGUUCAGACAUGACACAGCUACCAGCAGACAUCCUUAUCCGCUAUUAGCGUGUUCAGUGUUUUUUGUGUUAUGAAUCUGUGGAAUAAAACGAAAGUUUUCGGAGGGAAUUAGAAUCGACGACGGUAACUAUAUAAUCAACUAAGUUCACAGCAGUGAUAAACUUCUAAUACCCAGCAGACUAAAGCAACUAAAGGAUAAUAAAUUAUACAAAUGCAAAACCAAAUCUUUAGAGGGAAUUGACAUAAGCAAGAAAAACCAACAUAUUUUACUA